AUGAGAGCUUUCUACUUGUUAUCGAUUUUCUUAUUGGGAUUGGCGAUUGAUGUGGAUGAGAAAUUGAAUAAAACGGUGAAUCGAUCGAGACGAAAAACGGAAGAUUUUCGAAAGACGGUCGGCGAUGAGGAUUGGGUGCCGUCGCUUGAUCUUUACGAGAGAUUCAAUCAGGCAGGCAAGGGUUUGAAAGAAGUGAAAGAGGACGUUUUGGAGGCUUUCCGAUGGGAUAUCGAUUGUCCGUUUCUCAAUGAAGUUGAUCUACAAUUGCGGCAACGCCAAGGACGAUGUGCACCAGACCUACCUGCAGAAGAGGACGCUCAAUUCUCGAACUCGUCUCUCAGAGAGAUGCGCAAUAAAGUGAAAGAGCGACACGAGAAGCAUAAAAGGAAACGCCUUUUCCUCAUACAGGACACAAAGAAACAUCUUCUGAAUUUUGCCUCAUUUGGGAAACUUCGAACACCUCCGAAAACGGUUAAAGAAACGGGUGGAAAGUUCUUGAUCAUCGAUGGACAUUGGCUAACGCUGCGAUGCCCGCUUGGUGGCAAUGAGACGACAAAAAUUGAGCAAUGCUCAAUCGGUUCCAAUAAAACAAGCCCGACUACAUGCUCAAAGCCUAGAAAGCAAAGUGAUACCGAACAACACGCCACCUGGAUUGUCAAUGGGAAUACGGUCGAGUACAGGCAUUACGAGUGGAGAUUGAAAGUCGAUCGAGAUUUAUUUGAAGUAUUCCCGGUAGUUCUCAAUGAUUCGGGGAUUUUCGAGUGCUGGUUUGAGGGGCAAAUGCGCGGCUUCGUCGAAGUCGAAGUGAUCUCACACUGGGAGUUGAUUCGACGCGGGAUGGCCAACUACGGAAAAGUAAACGUUGUCUACUUGCUGAUGUUCGUGACGAUACUGUUUCACGUUUGGAGACGACCGGAAAGGGUAUUCAAAAAAAGUCAGCCGCAGAAAUGGUCGGACGCUUAUUUGGGGCACAAAUUGAACGACAAUGUGGAAAGAGCAAAGGAGAAUGUUGCGAGGAAAUAUUAUGGUGACGAUCUCGAGAAACAAAAGGAAAUGCUCAAAAACAAAGAAUUCACGGCAAGGGAAACCGCAGCGAUGAAUCGACAAAUCUUGCAAACGAUCCUCGAUGGAUGUCAAAAUUCGACC